GGUUAAACUUACAGAGAGAGAGAGAGACGCGCGAUAGGAGGAAGACAAGGAAGAGAAGUAGACAAGAGGCCACGCGGGGGACAGAAAACAGAGGGAAGAAGCAGAGACGGCCAGGUUAACGGAGAAAGGACGCGAUUAGCAGAGAAGAAGAGGUUUGAAGGUGUGGAUAUAGAACAGAGGGCUUCGGUUUUUGGAGGGAGAGAGAACAGAGGCGAUCAGGAGAGAGAGACGAGCUGGAGACGAAAAAAUCGGGGCCGGGAGAGAGGGAACAGAGGAGGUGAACAAAAAGUGAAAUAAGAGGUGAUCUGGGGAGGAGAGCUCUAAGGCGUAUUCCAUCUUCUUCCAAAUUUUGGUUCCGUUAUGUUCAUGUUGAACCUGAACCAAGCUCGAGCACUCUAAAAUCCGAGAAAUUAUCACAUGCUGCCAAUGUCUUAAAUCUAAAACAGAGUUGGCUUCUGUAUUACACCACCCCUUCAUUUGACAACAGGGGUACUAUGGUCAUCUGCUGUUGAACUGCCACAUGAGGCUGGAAAUACCUGUUCUAGCUUUGCUCUUAACCAAGUGAGUGCCUGAGGAAGAAGAGAACUAUUCAGUCCUGAAAAUGUUUGGUAUCUCGUAUGGAGAGCUCUUCCUCUUGAUUGGUGCCACUGCUGCAUUAGUUGGUCCAAAAGAUCUCCCGAUUAUUGCAAGGACAGCUGGUAGGUUAGCGGGCCGAGCUAUUGGCUAUGUUCAAUUGGCUCGUGGGCAAUUUGAUAAUGUUAUGCAGCAAUCUCAAGCUCGCCAGGUUCACAAAGAACUUCAAGAUACAAUGGCACAGCUUGAGGCAAUUCGUUAUGAAAUAAGAAGUAUCUCUAUUAUGAAUCCUGGUCCCAUGACUCGAAGAUUGGCGGAGGAUCUUCCAAAGCCUGGUCCUAACUAUAAAAAUGGUGAUAGCUCCUCUGAGAAAGGCGAAGAAAAACAAAAGUCAGCAGAUAUUUUGACAAAGUCCCAGGAUUAUAAUUUCAGAUCUGUAAGUUCAGUUGAUAUGCAAGUGCAAGCAACUGCUCAUGCGAGACUUGCUGAGUCUGUAGGUGUUAAGACUGGUAUGUUCCAUAGUCCUGCAGAAAGUGAAAAGCCUGGUGUUGAAGCUGGUCCUUUCCCUGUUCUUCCAGUUUCAGCUGAAAGCUCCGGAUUCCUUCCAAAGCGCAAUGAAAGUGUGAAUGGAUCAGACAUUGUAUUGGAAGCAGUUCUAGAGGCAGAAGUAGCACAAAAAGCCAAAGAUUUCUUUUCACAGCCCGAAAAUCAAAUACAAUGAAUAUACAGGUUUUGGUGAAGGGGGUCAAUCUCGGCAUUCGUUCAGUCAGACGAACCAUUUCGUGCCUUAAGCUGCGAGCAGGUGGUAAUUUGUUUUAUCGCCUUUUACUUUUUCUAUCAUCAAAUAGAUACUCACUUUGGAUAAUGGAUAUUAUCAUCUUUCUUAAAGGUAAAACACUCACAUAUUUGCUUCUUUCAUUUUAUUUUCACACUGAAGAUGUAUUUUUGUAUAAAUUAUUUUCUUCAGUAUGCAUUUGACAAUGUGAUGAAUCAUUUGGAGGUCUCAUCAAAAUUUGUCCUCUUAAGAUCACAAAUAUCUGUCACGAUCUUCCUAUUCCCCCAUGGGUUUAUAAUUAGUACCGCCCUUGGUUGGCUGAAUUGUAAUGUAUUGGAAUUGUGAGUCCAAAUGGGAAGAAAUUAAUGUAACCUUUUAGAA